AUGGCCAUGGCCGGCUUGCUGGGACAGCCGUCCAUCAAGGGCCGCUCAGAGGCCAUGCGCAUGGUGCUGUUGAAUUUCUGCACCGUCGGCAUAACGUUCACAUGGGGCAUCGAAAUGACGUGUAAGUGCGGUGCAGCCCGUCGACGGCCCGAGGUCUCGUCGUGUCCGUGUCCGUGUCCUGAUCCUGACCGCUUGUUCCCUCCUCGCCUUGUUGUAGACUGCACCCCCUAUCUCCUCAAUCUCGGCCUCACCAAGUCCAACACGUCGCUGAUAUGGAUUGCCGGCCCGCUCUCCGGCCUCCUUGUCCAACCCGUCAUCGGCGUGGUGUCGGACGAGUACACAUCCAGGUGGGGGCGCAGACGGCCCUUCAUGGUUGCCGGCGCACUCGUCGUGUCCGUGUGCCUCCUUGUAUUGGGAUUCACAAAAGAGAUUGUGGGUUUCUUGUUGCCGGACGAGGAGCUGGCCAGGGGGCCGACGAUUGCGCUGGCCGUCUUGUCCCUUUACGUCUUGGACUUUGCCAUCAAUGCUGUCAUGUCCUGCUCGAGGAGCCUGGUCGUCGAUACGUUGCCGUUGGAGAAGCAGCAGGCCGGCGCGGCAUGGGCAAGCAGGAUGAGCGCAGUUGGCCAAGUCGUGGGAUAUGGUGCCGGGGCCUUUGAUCUCGUCCAAAUCCUCGGUACCACCCUUGGCCGGUCCCAGUUCCAACAACUGACCCUCAUUGCUGCUGCCGCCCUCCUAGUCACAACAGCGACGACGUGCUGGGCCGUCCAGGAAAGCGUCCUUGUGUCCGGCAACGAUCCCAUUUCCAAGCCGCAGCGCAGCCUCGGUGUGCUGCGCCAAAUCUAUCACACCGGACGCCACCUCCCACCUCGCAUCGAAGCCAUCUGCUGGGCGCAGUUCUGGUCCUGGAUCGGCUGGUUUCCCUUCCUAUUCUACAGCACCACGUGGGUGGGUGAGACGUACUUUCGGUACGACGUCCCCGCGGGUGCGAGACACUCGGAGGAUGUCCUCGGUGAGAUGGGCCGUAUAGGGAGCAAACCGCUCGUCAUGUAUUCCUUCAUCACGUGCACGGGGGCUUUUGUCCUUCCGCUGUUUGUCAGGGCCCCCGACGAAGACGUGUACACGGCUCGGCCUCCUCGGGCUGUAGCCCGGCUUCUGAAGCGCUUCGAGGAUGUGAAGCCCGACUUGCUGUCCACAUGGGUCUUUGGUCAGGUCAUGUUUGCGGCCGCCAUGUCUCUUGCACCGUUUGCCACGAGCUUCCGCUUCGCCACCACCCUCGUCUGUCUCUGCGGAAUACCGUGGACCAUCGCCAUGUGGGCGCCCACGGCCCUCCUCGGCAUCGAAGUUAACAAACUCAGUGGCCGUCCCAGCUACAGGCACCUCGCCAACGACCCUGACAUGGAACUCCGUGCGCUGGACCAGGGCGAUGCGCCGCCCACCUUGUUGGGCAAUGGGACUGAAACCCCGUCAUCAUCGUCUGGCGAGCUGUCGGGGAUGUAUUUUGGCAUCUUCAACAUCUACACCACCAUCCCCCAGUUCUUGGGGACGUUGAUGGCUACGGUUGUGUUUGCCAUCCUGGAGCCAGGCAAGAGCCGGGAACUGGGCGGCCAGGAUCCGGCGCCGAGCAAGGAUGGCCCGAAUGCCAUAGCUGCGUGUCUGUUCGUCGGGGCCCUUUGCUCCGUGGUGGCGUCCUUUGCGACGCGGAGGCUGAGGAAACUGUAG